GUUUUCGGAAAUAGAUGGCGAGUAAUGUAUGACGUGAAGUUGUAGAAAUGAUACAGUGAUACAAACAUAAACAAUUACUGUGAUCUGUACGAAUGGAGUCUGAGAUUGAAGCAGGAAAGGUGGCUUUCUCUAAAGAAGAGCUCGAAGCAAAACUUCUCCAGCUUCAGAAGGAGAAAACAGACCUAGAGAAUGACUUUGGAUUAAAACGAGCAAAGUUUAGAGAACUUUUUUUGCAGAAAGAAGAUGAGCUGAAAAAAGAAAGGGAGAGAUGUUUAGCUAGUGAGUUGAAGGUCAAGGCUAUGGAAGAAGAGUUGUCCAGCAUGAAAGAUGAUAUGAACAAAGUGAGAUGGGAGCUUGAGGGUGUAAGAACAGCUGCAGCCAUGUCAGAGAGCAGUAAACAAGAGGAGAUUUCUGGCAUUAUUGCAAACUACCAACAAGAACUUGCUAGUCUACAACAGUUAUUAAAAGAGGCAGCUGAAACUGCAUCAGAUAAUACAGCAGCUCGUUAUGAGUCAGAGAGGAACAAACUUGUGUCAUUGAAUGAAAAUUAUGAAGAGGAAAUACAAGAAUUAAGAAACAAACUCAGUCAAGAAAGAGAAGGGUUUCUGUCUACAGUAGCCAAAUCAAUCAAGCGUGUAGGGGCUGUAGGGUCGUUAAGUACAAGCAUGGAGCAUGAGAAUUUGGAAGAAAGCAUGAGAAAAGCCCAGGAAGAUGCCCAAAUUUUAAAGUCCGUAGUGGUUCCUCUUGAAACAGAAAUCAAAUCUCUGAAAGCCAAGCUAGAAGCUACAGAAACAAAAUUAGCUGAAGCUCAGAAAAAAUGUGCCCAGCAUCAGAAUAGUCCAGACCGUGAUAGGAAGUCCCCAUCAUUACCAGACCUUGAUUCUGUUACUGAUCUGACAGAAAAAGUUGAAAAAUUAUAUAGUUAUCUUAAAGCAGAGAAAGCUGCAAGAACUGAUCUAGAAAUGUAUGUUGCUGUGCUGAGCACACAGAAAAAUGUACUGCAGGAUGAAGCAGAUAAAGUCAACGCUGAGCUGAAAAAUGUUUGCCUCCUUUUGGAUGAAGAAAAACAAGCUCAUGAUUCACUGAAGCAAACUUGGCAGAUGGCCAAUGAUCAGUUUCUUGAGUCACAGAGGCUUAUGAUGAUGGAUCUCAGGCGCAUGGAAGGAGUUUUGACAACAGAGCAGCAACGCCAGAUAGCAGAUGAAGUAAAGGGCAUUAUUAAUGAAAACUCUAAUAGCCCUGCCAAAAAUACCAAUCAAAAUAGUUCUAAAAAGGAAAAGAAAUCAAAACUUAAGAACAAGUCGAAUUUGGAAACUUUACCUCACCAAGGAGACAGUAAACCAGGCCACUUAGCUCAUGAAACUAAACUCUCUGAUAGACACAAGUUGCAGCAGAAGGAUGAAGCCAGGGAAGCUCAAGAGAAGAAAGUAAGAGCAUUGGAAGAGAAAAGAGAAAGGCAGGAGAAAGAGCAGGAGGAGAGAAGGAAAUUGAGCCAGACAAGAUUAGAAGAUGAGAAGAAAAAAUCAGAGAGAGGCAGGGGAGAUAACUCACCAUUUGAAGUGGUGUAUGGAGAAGCUUCUGAAGGUGCAAGUGGUUCACGAACAUCCUCCAGUUCAGCAGUGGUUCAUAGGUCAGCAUCCAGCUCUGAUAUCUGUGAUGGCUUUGGGCGGGAUGAUAAUGAUGAUGAUGCCAUAUUUCUAGACAGCGGUGUUCAUGAAACCAGAUCAUUGAAUGAAGCUGAUGGUAUUUUAAGGGGCAGUCAGGACAGUAUAGAGGGCAUGACAACCAUUAGAAUCAGCCCAGAGAAAAUAUUGAAUCUCCCAUCAUUGACAGCCGCACAGCUGAAGGCAAUCACUGACCCUACGCCAGAAACGGAAGCAUACAAAUCAUUAGUGGCAGGGGUCAAAUCGAAAGCAGGUGCCAGUAAACAGAAUUUAGAAGGCAAAAGAUUAGUUAGUGAAAAAGAAUGGUCUCUUUUGCAAGAAGAGAUGAAAUCAGCCAGAGAGAAACUGGGUCGCCCCUGUAGCAUGUGCUCAAACUACGAGGCCCAGCUUCAGACCGUCCAGGAGGAGUUGAAGAUGGUCAAGACAGAAAUGAAAAGAGUGGAGAGAUCCCUGGCCACAGAACAACAGACCAACAAGAAUUUAUUAAAGUAUCAAACAGAGCUGGAGGAGGCUUUAAAGAAUGCAGCAGAAGAUGCACAGUCACAGAUCUCACAUCUAACCAGUAAGCUUGUGGACUGUGAGAAAUAUGUUAAGGAUUUAAAAGAUCAGUUUUCUGCCACACACUUGCAGCUUCAAGAUCAUUGUAAAACAUUAACAGAGGGUCGUCAAGAAGUGCAAAAUGAGCUUAUAAAAUUACAAGAAGAAAAUGAUAGUUUGGUGGAUAAACAUUCCAAGACAGCGCAACAGCUUCAAAAUGAAGAUAUUAAUUUACCAAACAAUCUAGAGGAGAUGCAGUUACUUCUGCUUAAGUACAGGGAGGAAAUUAUAUCUGCCAAAGUAGCAAAAGAACACAUAGAAGAGACAUUGAAAAGUGAGAUUGUAUUUUUGAAGUCUCAAGUCAUGGGUGAGCAGCAAGAAAAGACAACCCUGGAGGAAACACUCACUCAAGAGAUUAGUGCUCUCCAGGCCAAAGUUGUUGAACUUGAGUCUUUGAAGAAAGACUUGGAAAAGGAAUCAACACUCAGGGCAGAAACAGAAACAAAGAACAGAGAGUCAGAAUCUGCUCUUAAAACAAUACAAGCCAAGACCAAGCAACUCAUUACCAAAAUGCAGGAGAGAUUAGAAGAAAUGGAUAAGAGAAAAAGUAAAUUAGAAUCAGAGAAUCACACAUUGAGGAGCAAAGUGCAGUCUUUACAGAUAGACCUGGACAACAGUGAGGCAGUACAGAGGGACUUUGUAAAAUUAUCUCAAUCUUUGCAGAUACAACUGGAGAAAAUCCGUCAAGCCGAGAAUGAGGUGCGGUGGCAACACGAAGAAGAUAUUGAUGAUUGUAACAACUGUAGACAACCUUUUAGUGUCACAAAACGCAAGCAUCACUGUCGACAUUGCGGUAGGAUAUUUUGUGCAGAUUGUAUCACAAAGUCAGUUAAUUCUGGCCCACAUUUUCGGCCAGCUAAAGUCUGUGAUGUUUGCCACACUAUCCUGGUCAAAGAUGCCACACCGUAUUUUAGCACCGAUCCACCUGCCACACCUGAUUAAUUCCUGAUAGUUAUAGAAUUUUUUUUUUUUUUUGAGCCAUAGAUAAUGAUGUACAAAUGGUUUGAUAAGUGGAUUGUAUUUUUGUUAUUUAUUUUGUUGGGAGAAAAUCUUUUGUGAUACCUAAACUUGAAAGCCAUACAAUUUUUUCUUCAUAAGUAUGGAUUUGUAACUUCCUUUCUUUUUUUUUUGUUUAAAGGUAUGUCUAAAUGAAAGAUUUUUUAAAAAUAACAUUUUCUUUUCCACAAAUCAUUUAGUUUCUUUCAUUAACAUUUAAAAAAAAAAAGAGAAUAAUCUUAUUUUUAGAUUUACUUUUUAAAUUUAUAUUUGGCUGUCAGUUGUUGUUUUCCAGUUGCUUUUUUGUUUCCGUUCGGCUGUUAUUCAUUUACUAUUAUAUUGUGGCAAGUAACUACUAAAAAUGUUUGUAUCAUAGCUGUUUCUUAACUGAUGUACAAAAUUCAGCUUUUCGUUUAAUUCAACCUUUCAAUGUUCAAACUUAACUAGUGGACAUGUUCUUGAAUGGUUAAGUGCAUUUGUAUUUCACAAUGCCAUUUUAAAAAGUGCAAUAUUUACAAAUUAGUGUAUUAUAGUUUGCUAACGACUAGUAACAUCUGUAUAAACUUGAGUGCUAUCUAUAAGCUACUUCCAAAUUUUUCCCACUCUUCAGGGAACAGUUAUUUAAGGCUUGGGACCAGAAAAGUUAGUGAAGAGGGAUACACCUGUCUUUCUACCAGUUAAUAAUUUAGUUAGGUUACUUGACAUUAAUUGCUUGUGGGAUCUCAUUAAGAAAUUUAACAUUUACAUGUAAAGACAAAAAGUUUGAGUAUUUUUCAAAACAAUGUUUUUAGUGAUUGGAUUUUUGUAUACAUUAAAUAGUUGUACACUUAUUUUAAAAUCGUACACAUGUUAAUGUGGUAUUAAAUAAUAUGAAAGUGUUAUGAAUGUAUACAGCACUUUUCAAUAGUUCAUGUGUAAAUGAUUGCUCAUCUGAAGUUUGGCUUUUUAAAUUAUAUGGCUUUGCUAGCCAGCUAUGAGAAAUGAAUGAAGUAUUAAUAUAUAUGUUUUUAAUAGAUUUGCAGUAUUAAUCUAAACAUUCUUACAACUUUUUAAAGGUAUUUUGUAGUAAGAUUAAAAAUGGUAAAAAAAUUUUAGUUGUUUAUUUUUGUUUUGGUAUAAAUUAGGUACUUUAUUCCCUAUCCAAGAAAAACUCAUAAUAUUGCUGUGAAACUUAAGCCUUCAAAGCUGUAAUUUUAUGUACAAAUUAGUUAAAAAAAGAAAUUACAGAUCUGAUAAUUACAAUACAUACUCUAAUCUGGAGUUUUUUCUCCUGGACUAGGUUAACUCUCCAUAAUUAUGUGUUAUGGAGGGACUUUUUUUUUGUGCUGAUAGAGAUAUUUGUAGCUUCAUUGUUUAUGAAAAAUUCAACAGAAAAUAAUAUUUUACUUUACCAUCAUGAAAAUUCGCUGAUAUUAAAUAAGCCAGUAAAAAAUGUAUUUAAUAAAUAAUACCACCAUUCACACCAGAAAUAGCUCGGUUGAUUAAUGGUGUAUUUUUUUAAAGAACCAUUUUAUUAUCUGUCUUAAACAUUUGUGUACAUUAUCUUUGACUUUUGUCCUUAGUUUUAACUAUAAUGUAAUUCAUAAAUCCUCAAAAAGUUAAUAAUUUUACUCACUCAAGAUUAAAAAAAAAAAGAGCAUUUGAAUGAAUGGUUAACAUUGUAUGAUACCUCUGUCAAUGAGUAUUUGAUAUUGCUUACAUAUCUCCUUUUGCUCUUAACUGGUUUUAAAAAAUAGAUUUUCUUAAUUAGCUAUCAAAUAUUUAUACAUUUUUUUAUCGUGAUAGUAACUGCUAAUUAUGUUUCUGUCUGAAAGCAAUAAAGUAGUUCUACACAAAUCUGUAUGAAUUUGUAUUUUAGCAUUGAAUAUUUAGUAUUACUACUCGUUAAAAUAGUUAGGCCUACUUAGAUUAGGUUAUGCAUUUUAAUUUUAGUAUUUGUUCAAGCUUGUAACCAUCUCUUUUAGAUGAAUGAUUAAACAAGCUUCUUACAACCAAAUCGUACUAAUUGUAAACAUUAAAAUUCACAUUUGCUUCUAUUUAAAACUAUCUAAAAUUGUUACUAUCUUGAUUUGUAUAUCAUGCAUUGUCACUGAUUAAAGGAAUUCAACAUGUAGUUUUAUUUUUGUGAAGAUUUUUUCAUUUAAAAAAGGUCCAUUAGCUCUUUUUUUUUUAAAACAGUAACAGGUUUAUUAAAAUUCCACUCAUAAUUGGAGAUUUAAAACUGAUAUAUGUUGAACCCAUUCAUCAAGGUUC